AUGGAAAGGGUCUUUACUCAGCUUUGCAACACUGCCCUUGCCCAGUGCUACCACUGCGAAGACAAGGAAGCAGCAAUUUGUCUCUUGGCAGGUGUUUUGGCACAGUAUGUUGGCUGCUUAGAACUGGUGAACAAAAGGCUGCCUUGUGGCCUUGCACAGAUUGGAGUGUGUUUUCACUCCAUUCCAGAAAAUGAACCACACAACAAAAACUUUACAAGAAUAGGCGAAAGGACCACGUCUUUGCUUGCAUGGUUUAGCUCUCCCAGAACUGCAGGACAGUGGCUCGAUUACUGGCUACGCCAGAGACUCCAGUGGUGGAGAAAGUUUGCAAUGGGCCCGUCUAACUUCAGCAGCAGUGACUUUCAGGAUGAAGAAGGAAGAAGAGGAUUUCAUUUACAUUACAGCUUCCCUUGGGGAACAGAAACAAUAGAAACAUUGAAAAACCUUGGUGAUACUGAACUGUUACAGAUGUAUCCAGGGGAGAGAUCAAAAUUGCUUGGCCGAGAUGGAAGGAAGAAUGUUAUUCCUCAUGUCCUGUCUGUGAGUGGAAAUCUGGACCGAGGGGUGCUAGCAUACCUCUUUGAUUCUCUACAGCUAGCUGAGCAUCCAUUGACAAAAAACAAAAAUGCACAGAGAAAGGUACUUAAGCUUCAUCCUUGUUUAGCACCCCUUAAAGUGGCCUUGGAUGUAGGAAAAGGUCCAACAACAGAGCUGAGACAGGUCUGUCAAGGAUUGUUCAAUGAACUGUCAGAAAAUAGAAUUUCUGUAUGGCCGGGUUAUCUUGAAACCAUGCAGGUAUCACUGGAACAGCUUUAUACAAAGUAUGAUGAGAUGAGUGUUCUCUUCAUGGUCUUGAUAACUGAUGCCACUCUAGAGAAUGGAGUGGUCCAGCUGAGAAGCAGAGACACUACCAUGAAGGAAAUGAUGCACAUUUCCAGGCUAAAGGACUUUUUAGUGAAGUAUGUAACAUCAGCCAAAAAUAUGUAAACUUAGAUUUGUUGAAUAAAAUUAUUUUCUUA